AAGCAGACCUUUGCAGAAGCAGCAAGAGAAAGGGUCAAGUGUGCCUAGUGUGGGACGUCAGCGGUGAGGCUCGCCGUCUGGUUGGCUGAAGUGUGAGGAGGCGGGGUCUACCUAAACCCCCUUUGCGCUCGCUCACUUAAAUUCAGUUGCAGUCGAGCAGUUAGUGAGGACGGUUGUUGUAGCUGAGCUCUUCCACACCUCGUGUGGCUUGCCCCUCUCGCUACUUGUCAUAGGAUAAUUUUAGUGUUGUUCUUAGUGUAUUCUCCUAAGGGGCAAGUGUGACACUAUUCCAAAACACCCACAGCAGCCAAGUGUAGCGACACAACAGCCAAGAUGACGGAUUUAGGCGUGAGCGAAGUAACAGAAUGGUAUAGAAACAAGACAGUUUUCAUCACUGGUGGAACAGGCUUUAUGGGGAAGGUGCUUGUAGAGAAACUGCUUCGUGCAUGCCCCGUCAGAAGGAUCUACCUACUCAUGAGACCCAAGAGAGGCGUAGACGUCAACCAGCGCCUCGACGACAUGUUUAAUUUCAAGGCGCCGCCCGACUCGUCUCUCUCCUCGGUGGCCGGGUUCAACACCAAUAAUACCCUGCUCUUUGACAAGAUAAAGGAAUCACAACCAGAAGUCAUACAGAAGGUAUUCGCAGUGAAAGGGGACAUUACCAUGGAGGGACUAGGCCUCAGUGAUGAAGAUGAGGCUAGGUUAGCCAAUGAAGUACAUAUUGUGUUCCAUGCGGCAGCCACUAUCAAUUUCACAGAACCAAUGCGUGUUGCAGUCAACAUGAAUAUGCUGGGGACCAAACGUGUUGUGAGCCUGGCACAAAAGAUGACCAACCUUCAGUCUCUGGUACAUGUUUCAACUGCAUACAGCAACUGUCACUUACCUGAAGUAUACGAGGAGCUGUAUCCUGCUCCCAUAGAUCCUGCCCGUCUUAUUCAGCUGACAGAGUGGCUCGAUGACAAGUUGUUAGAAUCUCUGACUCCUCACUUACUUGCUCCACGUCCGAACACCUACACCUAUACCAAAGCCUUGGCUGAGCAUCUCCUGGUUAAUGAUGGUGGAAGACUACCCAUUUCCAUUAUUAGGCCAUCUAUUGUGUGUGGUUCUUGGCGUGAACCUGUCCCAGGAUGGGUGGACAACCUCUUUGCCUUUACUGGUUUGUUAGUAGGGAUGGGCAAGGGAGUUCUACGCUCCCUUUAUAUCAAACCAGGAAUAACCUUAGACUUUAUACCAGUUGAUGUACCCAUCAACCUGAUGAUUGUAUCGGCAUGGAACACAGCUGCUGGAAAAUACAAACCAAACCCUGUGCCAAUCUUCUGCUGUUCAACUGGGUCACAAAAGCCUCUGACGAGUGAUAUGCUAGCAGUACACUUGCAGAGGUCGGUGCGCUCCUUUCCCUUCAAUUCGCCAUUGUGGUAUCCUGAUGGUUCACCAAAGACUACCAAGUUGAUGCAUCAGAUCCAUGUGUAUCUAGUGAACAUUAUCCCAGCACACAUUGCUGACACCAUACUGAAGAUUCUGGGCAAAAAGCCAAUUGCAUUGAAGCUGUGUAACAAGAUGGUAAAGGCAGUGAAUGCUCUGGAGUACUUCAUGCUUCGAGACUGGAUCUUCCAUAACACUCACACACAGUGCCUGUGGGACACUCUCUCACCUACUGACAAAGAAAUUUACCAUUUUGAUAUUGAUGAACUUGAUUGGGAUGAAUAUAUAGAGACCUAUCAAAAAGGCUGCAAGCAGUAUAUUAUGAAGGAGAAUCUUAAAGAUAUACCACAGGCCAGAAAAACUUUGCAUAUCUUGCACAUCUUCCACCGCCUAGUACAGUUAGCGAUGAUGUAUGGUGUGUGGUGCAUGCUAUCUUCUGACUCUGCCACCAGCUGUUACACACACUUUUUCAAUGGGGCUUCAAAGCUACUUUCGCUCUCGCCAAUGUUGGCAGCAGCGACAGAAGAUGUUGAUAUUUCAUAGAUUCUAAUGUAAGCCACAACCAGUUAGUCGGUUAUCUAGGACACAUCCAUAGAUCUGGCCAGUGAGUGAAGUAGUUACAUCUGUUUCCUAGGUUUGCAAUUUAGACUGGCCAUAGUAAUGAGAGGUGUGUAGAGUGAUUAAAGGUGUGUUCCUGCAAGUAAGCUUCAGCGGAUAACUUGUACAGCUACUCUUGUACUUAAGGAAUACUCCCUAAAGGUUUGCUUAACGAACAAGAUAGUUACACCAAAUUCCUAGGAAUGGAGUUGUGGCCGAGGUGACGUCGUCCAAGCGGUAGCUCGCUCAGACACCACACUGACAUAUGCAUCUACCUCGUGAGCUCUGAUCGAGGCACUGAGGAAGGCCUCGCCUUUGUGCCCCAACUAACUGGGCAUUUUGCUUGCUAGUGGGUUCUCCUUAGCAACUGAAUAGAUUGUACCUUAUGCUUGUCCUGUAGAAUACAGCUAUUCAGGGAAAGUACUUCUACACAUAGAAGACUGUUCUGUCCAUUUUAUCAAUGCUGCACUAUAUUAACAAGCAUUUGGAAAAUUGUUGCUAAUAUGUAAGGCAGGUCUUUCAUUAAAGUAACCCAUGUAGAGUGGCUACUUGGAGGCCACACUUAUGCAACAUCUUGUAAACAAAUGCUCAAAUUACCAGUUCUGGUAUGUUAGGUAUUAGUGAUACAAGUAAUACCUCGUUUUGUAUAUAAUUUAUGUACGUAAUAGUGUAUUUUGACCCCAAAAAUGGAAAUCAUAUCAGUAUUUUAUAAUAUUAUACUGUGGAUGUUUUUAAUUACAGCAUUAAGUUCAGCCAUGUUACAUGUCAGUAAUAAUAACAAUAAUUAAUAAUAAUAAUAUAGAAAGAACUAACAAUAAUAAUGAACAUAAUAUGGCAGUAACUGUUUGACUGUAAGAUAAAUGUUUCUGUAUAAUGUUAGCUUAAGACACUUUUACUCUUCAUGACAAUUUUUUUUUUUGUUUUUUGUUAUCUCCGACUUGGCUCGUUAACAAGACAAAUCAAUAAACCUAAUGUAUAUAGCAGUUAUGUGCAGUGUACCAAAUUUGUAUAAAGUACCUGUACUUAGGUUGUUUAUCUGAUUGGAUUUGGUAAUGGGCUGAGCCAUUUAUGUGUAGGAGUAGUUGAUAGUUCUUGACUGUCAUGAACCUCACACUGUAUGGUAAUGAAAUUUGAAUAAAUCUGAAUCUUA